AUGCAGUGGCUCCACACCCUUCCCCCUCCACUCCAAGAUGAAGUAGCAGCCCUCAUAUCUGCCGUUCCCCAAGCGGCUCCUACCCUCGAUAAACUAUUUGAAUAUGCUUCCAAUAGCCCCCAAAAACAAAAAAUCCCAGAUCCUCCUCGCAAAAAACGUCAACAAACUUCUGCCCCACCACAGUUGCCGCCACCAUUAACACAAGCCGACAUCAUAUUUCAUCUCUCCAACAUCUCGUGCCAGUCGCCGUUUCGAAAAAGACUUGGAUUUGCUUUCCAUUUAGCAUUGGGUCCUCAGGGUCCUGUCCCAGCACUUCUGCUUGUCAACAACCAGUUGCAGCCGGAAUUUUCCUUGAUGAAUUUGGGCCAAGACAUCGUGUUCUGCUCGCUCUUACCGAUCCUAGGAAACUCCACGGUGUCCCUGAAGAAAGAUACCGUGCUUUUGCUUGUGUGGCUUGCUCAUGGCGACCCCAUCGUUUGCCAGUUGAAUUUUGAUGCGGUGAAAAAACAACUUGUGGCCGAAGGAAAAGUGCCCGCCAGUGCCGAAUCCGAGCUCGAUUCUGAGUCGGAAGAGGACGAUGCCGAGGGAAUAAGACCCAUAAACGAGGCACUUGUGGAUUUUCUCGUUCGUCAAUUUCAGCUUUGCGGCAUCCGCCUUUUGAACUACUUGCCAUUUUCCACUGGCUCAAAAAACAAAUUGACCCUCAAUAAAGACACAGCGUUGGCAUUAUCCACCAACGGAACCUCGGUCAACGACGUGGUGAUCGUUCAGGCCUAUAGAGGCUCCAAAGAUGGGGCACUAGUGCUUUUGGGUGGAACCCAAGACCAGCCAGGAACGAUAAUUUUUGGGUUCCGCAAACCAAUUUUGCUUUUUAGAGCGAAUUCGGUCAAGCGUAUCUCCUACAGCAACAUCACUCGUCUCACAUUCAACGUGCUGGUCACGGUUCACAACGAUACCCGACCAGACGGCGAAGAAACCAUUGAGUUUCUGAUGUUGGAUCAGGCUUAUUUUCAAAUUCUUGAUGAUUUCGUCAAGAGACAGGGCAUAAACGACGAUUCGUUCAACGAAGCGCUUCGCGAGAAACAAAAGGCAGACCCUAAUGUGAAAGCAGAAACAGAUGCUGAGGAUGCGGAAGCACCAGAUAGUGACGAUGAAGAAGAGGACGGAACGUACCAGGCGGGAGUGGAAAGCGACAGCGACAAUGAAAAAAAGGAGGAGGAUGGAGAAGAGAAUAGUGAAGAUGAAGACAGUGAAGAUGGUGAAGAGAGUGAAGACAGUGAAGACGGUGAACUCAGCGAAGACGGUGAAAGCGACGACCUCAGUCUCAGCUAG